GGAAGCAUUAACUUCAACGUGUCAAGAGGUUCUGGGUCUAAAGAAAUACCGUCAUAAGGAAUGGAUCUCUACAGAAACAGUGGACAAGAUCAAAGAAAGGAAGAACAAGAAGACAGCAAUUAACAACAACCGAGCACGAACAGAGAAAGUCCAAGCACAAGCUGAAUACAUAGAAGCAAAGAAACAAGUGAAGAGGAGCAUUAGAGUCGACAAGAAGAAAUACGUGGAAGAACUAGCAACGACGGCAGAAAAAGCUGCUAGAGAAGGAAAUAUGAAACAGCUUCACGAUACAACGAAGAAACUAUCAGGGAAAUACAGUAAACCAGAGAGGCCGGUCAAAGACAAAGAAGGCAAGCCAAUCACCGAAAUUCAACAACAGCGUAACAGAUGGGUAGAAUACUUCGAGGAACUCCUGAAUAGGCCGGCACCAAUGAAUCCACCGGACAUCGAAGCAGCACACAUAGAUCUUCCUAUAGAUGUCAACCCACCAACGACGGAAGAAAUUAGAAUGGCCGUCAGACAAAUCAAGAACGGGAAAGCAGCAGGACCCGACAACAUACCAGCUGAAGCACUGAAAUCAGACAUCGAAGCAACCACAAGCAUGCUUUACCUUCUAUUCAAGAAGAUUUGGGAGGACGAACAAGUGCCAAUGGACUGAAAAGAAGGACACCUCGUCAAAAUUCCAAAGAAAGGAGAUCUGAGCAAAUGUGAAAACUACAGAGGCAUUACACUACUGUCAAUACCAGGGAAAGUCUUCAACAGAGUGUCGCUGAACCGGAUGAAGGAUGCAGUAGACGCCCAACUUCGAGAUCAAGAAGCUGGAUUCCGUAAGGAUCGGUCGUGCACAGACCAAAUUGCAACAAUACGGAUCAUCGUCGAACAAUCAGUUGAGUGAACUCAUCACUAUACAUCAACUUCAUUGAUUAUGAAAAGGCAUUUGACAGUGUAGAUGGGAGGACGUUAUGAAAACUUCUUCGACACUACGGAGUUCCUGAGAAGAUUGUCAAUAUUAUCUGGAACUCAUACGACGGACUACAGCGCAAGGUCGUGGAUGGAGAACAGCUGACGGAUGCAUUCCAAGUAAGGACCGGAGUCAGACAAGGCUGUUUACCCUCUCACUUCCUCUUUCUUCUGGUGGUCGACUGGAUUAUGAAGACGUCGACAUCUGAAGAAAAACACGGAAUACAAUGGACAGCUCAGAAUCAAUUAGACGAUUUGGACUUCGCAGAUGACCUAGCCCUCCUAUCACGUACACACGAACGGAUGCAGAUGAAGACAGCCAGUGUAGCAGCAGUCUCUGCAUCAGUAGGCCUCAGCAUACACAAAGGGAAAACCAAAGUCCUCAAAUUCAAAGCGGAAAACAACAAUCCAAUCACUCUUGAUGGCGAAACUCUGGAAGAUGUAGAGUCCUUCACAUACGUAGGAAGCAUCAUCGAUGAACAAGGAGGAUCCGAUGCAGACGUAAAGGCGAGGACCGGCAAAGCAAGGGUCGCAUUCCUACAAUUGAAGAACAUAUGGAACUCAAAACAACUUUCAACCAAUAUCAAAGUGAGAAUCUUCAAUACGAACGUCAAGGCAGUUCUACUGUAUGGAGCUGAAACUUGGAGAACUACAACAACCACAAUCAAGAAAGUACAAGUAUUUAUAAAUAGCUGUCUACGCAAGAUACUCAACAUCCAUUGGCCGGAUACCAUCAGCAAUAGCCUUCUGUGGGAGAGAACAAACCAACUUCCAGCUGAAGAAGAAAUUAGGAAAAGACGAUGGAAAUGGAUAGGACAUACACUACGCAAAUCGUCAAACUGCAUCACGAGGCCAGCCCUAACUUGGAAUCCUGAAGGGAAGCGAAAAAGAGGAAGGCCAAAGAACACAUUGCGUCGGAUAAUAGAAGCAGAUAUGAAAACGAUGAAUUACAACUGGACGGAGCUAGAAAGGAUUGGUUGGGACAGGGUUGGAUGGAGAAUGCUGGUGAGCGGCCUAUGCUCCUUCACGAGGAGUAACAGGCGUAAGUAAGUAAGUAAUGCUACUGUCGCUCACUGUUCUGACAAUUCUCUUUAUAAUUUCAUCUCAUUGUGCUGAUACAAUGUGGUGUAGAUUAUCAGGUUCUCUCUCUCUCUAUGUGUGUAUGAUUGAUGACUUAUCAACUAAUCAAAUUGAAUUUGAGGACUGUUGUCCUUUGUUUUCUUUGUUUAGUUUUAUUAUUACUGUCAGCAACUAUUUUGGUUAUCUCAUUAUUAUUAUUAUUAUUUCGUCAGACAACUAAAGGAAGUGAGAAAACAAAAAAUUUCAGUGUAAUUGUUAAGAAUUUUAACGAACGCUUUAAAAAUCUAUCGGAUGCUAAUCAACAAGCGAAACAAUCUAAUAUACAAUUAAAAGAACUAAUUACCAAUCAAUUAAAGUCAUUUGAUGAUACAUUAAAAAUAUCAUUAGAAGAAUUUAUAAAGAAGUUACCAUCUGUAAAUGAUCUAAUUAAUGAUUCAACACUGAAUAAUAUCUCUAAAGAAUCUCAAAGAUUAUUUGAUAAAGUCAAUGAAAUGCGUCAACAACGUAUUGAAUUAAUUAAUAAAUUAAGAACUAAUCUACAUAUUGAUGAUGUCGAUAGUGAUCUACUUAUUAUUUCUGAUCAAGAUAAACAAGAUUUAAAUAGUUGGUUUGAAAAUCGUUUAAAAACAAAACAUGAUCAUCUUGUUAAUAUUAUUAAACAGAAUUUAAAAGCACAAGAGAAUAUUCAAUCAGCUUUAAUUGAUUUAAAUGCUGAAUUUGCACCAAAAUGGACUGAAUUAUCAGAAAUUCGAACAAAACGUUCUGAACAAAUCGAUAAUAUAUUAGUAGCUGGUGAAGCCUUUGAUGGUAUUCUGUCUAAAUCAAAACAAGGCAUUGACUUCUAUAUUACAUUAAUCAAUCAAUUGAAAGAUCUUGAUAAAGAAGUUGAUCACUUUAUCGAAGACCUUAAUAAAGAGUUACGUUUAUCAAUGGAUGAAUUGUCAAAACCCAUAUCUAAUCUAACAAUUGAAACUACACCUCGAUUACCGACUGUGUCAACACCAUCAUUUCCAACUCUUGGCGACUAUAUGAAAGCAAUGCGCCCAACCAUAGUACCUACUCAUCCUAAUAUGUAUAUGGGACCAAUGGGAUGGCCUGUGUCAACACUGACUUCAAGCCAACCAAAUCAACAGUUAAAUUUACCCCCAAAUCCUGUUACUGCGUCUUCACAAUUUCCUACAACUUCUAUUUCACCGAAUCAUUCUGUAGUUAAUUCAUUUAUUCCAUCUGUGUCACCUGAUGUUUACUAUCAACAAACAAAUGUUAGUCAACCUUUUCCAUACCAUCCUACUUCUCAGCCACGUUUUAGAGGCCCUAUGACAUAUACACCACUGUACAACUCUCAACAGUUCCCAACAACUGGUGUUAACAUUCAACCAACUGCUGUUCCGAUGUCUGGUUCAUCAUCUGCUGCAGGAUUUCAAACAACCAAUCCAAUGAAAACCGCUGUUCGUCCUUCACCCACUGUAACUUAUGGCGCUCCUCAAGCUGCCAAUAUGGUAAAUCCUUUGGUACCUCCAUGUCAACGACCCAUUACUUCGCUCCCACAAACUACGAACAUACCUCCCUCACAACCAAAUAAUUUAUCUGGUACAUUCGAAUCUAGAUUUCUUCUGAAUAAUCCUCGAAUUCCUGUUCUCUCGUCUACAACAACGUCGUCACUGUCACAAUUUCCUAUACCUGUUAACAGUCGAUUCUCACAGCCUAACAACUUUAUUCAAACUUCCAUUCGAUCAACUAAUCCUUUAGUUGCACCAAAUUAUUCAUCAACGAAUUCUAACCAGCUUCCUCCUCAGUCUGUUUGGCCAAAUCAAUCAAUUAAUAGUAAUCUGACUUAUCAAAAUCCUCCUCAAAACUAUUCAAAAACACUACCUACAGAAAAUUUCAACAUCGUCGGUAUCCAAUAUCCUCAAUCUAAUUUAUCUUUUCCAAAUACAUUAUCAUAUCAGAAACAAAUACCUCAUAUAAAUAAUUCCCCUGUGAAUCCUGGGCAAAUUUCGAUUGCAUCACAACAAUCCUAUACGACUCUGCCUAAUCACAGCCAGUCCAUACAUCCUGUUUCACAAUGUAACACUAAUGUAACAACACAGUCAUUACUACCAACAAAUGUAACGCAAACUUAUCCAACUUCACAGUAUCCUGUUAGCAACAGUAAUAAUUCGACUGAACAAAAAUCAAAUCAAAUCAAACCAUUCAAUUCAGUUCUGGAUACCGAUAAUGAUGCCUAUUCAUCGUCCUCUAGAUUGAAAUCAAUGUCUCCUAUUCAACCACAAGUGUUAACCAAAGAUGAUUUAGAUGCGAAACUGAGAGAAGAACGUUUACGUGAGGCCUAUUCAGGUAAUCCGAAUUCUCCGUCAAUACCGUCCUCUACGUCAAAUCUUAUCAAAUCGUUAUCAUCUUCAUCAUCAUCCAAUCCUACAAAUGUCAAUGAAAGUAAAAAUUCUUCUUUAAAUCCAGUCAAAUCUGAUCCACAUACGUCUUCAACUGUUGCAUCGAAUCCCGUUAACUGUCAAUCAGUUCUAUCAAAAUUUCCACCACCGGAACUAUUAUCUGAUCCACUUGUAUUAAAUCGAUUUAUUGCAUCUGCUGAAUUACUUCUUACAUGGCUAGAAAAUCCCAAUGAAUUAAUUUCUACAGGUGAUAACGAUUGCCCGGUAACUUCUUUAUCAAAUCUUACUAAUACUAAUACUAUAACUCGAUUAAAUAAAGCAUGGCAAAAAGUACAAACACUUGCCAAUGCUUUUACAACUUCUGUUUAUUUCAAUGGUAAACGACCAACACAUGCAAUUGCUCUUUGUUGUUCAUCAAAAAAUCGUAAUCAAGAUUUUGUUCCUUAUGAUAAUAAUCGUGUUGUAUUAAAAUCAUUAAAAAAUGAUUAUAUUAAUGCAAGUCAUAUUGAUUUUCAAAAUAAUUUAGGUAUAUGGUGUCCACGGUAUAUUAUUACACAAGUUCCAAUGAUUAAAACAAUGAUCGAUUUUUGGACAAUGAUACUUGAACAAAGCUGUGAAAUUAUAGUCACAUUAAUACCAACUCGUAAUAAUCGUAAUGUUAAUUCAUUUUAUUCUUCUAUUUCAUCUGAUGAAGGAGCUUUUGAUGAUGAAAAUGAUCCAUUACGUAUUCCAGCAUAUUUACCAGUUAAUAAAACUGGUGCUAGAUUAUUAUUGCCUGGAAGUAAUUUGGAAAUACGACUACAAUCAAUUAAACAAUCUUAUAUUGAAGGGAAUGUAAUAUCACAAGAUAAUAGUGAUAAUAAUAAUAAUAAUGAUAUUGACAUGAAUGAUUCAAAUCGUAAUCUAACUUCUUCAACACAACAUCAUCCAUGGACUGAACGAAUUAUUACUGUACAAGAUUUAAAUACAAAGAUAACACGUAGUCUAGUUCAUUUAACAUAUCAUCAUCAAUUUCCAUUGAAUAUUCCUUUAUCAAAUAAUAAAAAUAGUUCAAUUAAUGAUCCAAAUAUUGUACAAUUAGUUGCAUUCAUUAAUCACGUACAUAGUUAUUAUAAACAACAACGUAAUUUAAUUCGACCUAUAGCAGUUGUUUGUAAAUAUGGUGCUGAAUUAAGUGGAAUAUUUGUCACUGCAUCAGUUGGUAUAUUACAUGCAGAUAUGUUAGGUAGAAUGAGUGAUGUAUUCACUAUAGCUGGUUAUCUAUGUCAACAACGUCAUGGUGUAUUAAAUAAUUCAUGUCAAUUAUAUACUGCUGCUCGAUUAAUUGGUUAUUCUGCUAUCGAGACAGUAGCUAAAAAAGAUAUUGUUAUUGGUCCAAGACAUCGACCAUCAUCAACAAUAACAACGAUCACAACACUGACAACAACAACGAAUAAUUCGAAAACAAGUAACUCAAUCACUAAUUCCGCACAAUUCAACAUGACUAAUUCAUUGGAUAAUAUUUUUUCAAAACAAUCUUUAAAAUUAGAUGAUUUAAUCUCAGUAGUUGAUAAAUGGUCCGUGUCUACUAAAUCUGAAUCGAUUACUUCUUCUAGUGUAGAAACUGAAGAUAAGUUUACUAAUUCUAAUUUGGAAAAUGAUGAUUCAAAUCAAGCUACAUUAAAGAAUGAAAUGCCUGUUAAUGUUGAACAACAACAACAACAACCGACCAAUGAGUUGAAUGUAAAUCCUUCAAGUAUUAUAUCACUAUCAGAUAAUCAGCCUAAUUUACUAUCACAAUCUUCAGAAAUCGAUAAACUGACACAUGAAUCUAAACUAUUUGAACAUUUAGUAAAUUUAAAUAAUUUAACUAAAAAUUCUACAAAUAAUAAACGUUAUACUCGUCAAGAUUUUGAAGAUCUUUCCAAUUCUACAACAACUAAUACUACUGAAUUAUAUCAUCAUGAGUUCGAGUUCAAUUCAAAUGAUGAUCCAUUGAAUAAACUAGAUCCAUUAUGGAACUCGAAAUUACUUGAUCAUUCAGUGAAUUCUUAAUACAUUGAUUCUUUUCUUUUCCCGAAAUGAAAAAAAAUUUGAUUUUCUUUUCUUUUUUUUUUGGAACCUUUCUCUUUCAUCUGUUUGUCUCAUUUUGAUUUUGUUCCAUUGUAUUAUUAUUAUUAUUUAAAGAGAUGAUUUAUUUUUUAAUCCAUC